AUGAUGCUGCUGCAUGACCUGCCCCACUACUACAGAGAAAUUGAGGGAACAGAAAUCCUACUGAAGUUUGAGUCAAAUGAGGUACAAACUCUAUUCCAAAUUCCUUCUUGUCCAACCACCUCACAAGACAACCUUCAGCUUUCUAAGUUUUCUGAAGAAAAGGGUCAAUUACACCAUACAAUUCCAACAAACAGAGUGGCCCCCAACUCCACUUUUGAAGAACAGGAUAUAACCUCAACUUUAAGAACAAUCAAUACACUAUGAAAUGCUGAAAGAGCUCUGAGGAUCACAACAUACAGUUAGAACUUCACAGGAAGAGGUCCUAUGAGUCCUCUUUUUCUGGAUAACUAUUAAGCUGGCAGAUUAACUGGAGAACAAGGUGAAGACAUUGAACUAAUAAGUACUGCACUUACUAAGAAUCUCAUGAUUCCACUCCAACAGUCCAGUCUCUCCCAAGUGACACUUCUUGAAGGAUGUACUGCAUGUUUACUUCAAGAUCAGUGUCCCACAAAUCAAUUCUACAAGAACUGCACUCCUCCAGUGCUCAGAUGCCUCUGCCUUUUAUUCAAGAUUCCUACUGUUGUAGCCAGCUACUCAAGCACAAUACUGACUAAAAUAAAACCAGUGGCCAGUCUGGGUCAGCAACAUGAACCACUGAUAAACAAACUUCAGAAAAUCACUGACACAUUGCAGAGAGAAGCAUUGUACAGGGAGCAGCUUACAGUAAGGCCUGAACUUGAAUCCCUUCCAAAAUCUGCAUGUUUUUCCUCUAACAACUUCAAGUCCAGACGUUACAAACAACAUAUAAUAUAGGACAAUCCAAUUAGUCUAAGUAAGCCAGAGCUUCCUACUGGAUGUAGAGUGAGGAAAGUAGAAUUUUUGCACAAGUUUUGGCAUCAAGAAGCAUGUCAGUCUGCAUGGAGACCAAAGGAUGGGCCAGGAGAGACAUCACUGCCUGAAUGGAUCCAUAGUGGUGAGGUUCCUUGGCACCAGAUAACUCUGGAGCUACAGCAUUCCUUCUCUACAGCACAAAAAUGUUUUCAUGAUUUCAUAACAGGCAAGACAAAAGAGCUCAGAAAUAACAUUACUGAGGGAAAGAGCAAAUUCUAUGGUUUCAAUGUUAUUUUACUCUUUUAA